AUGUUCAGCUGGUUCCCCAUCUUUUUCCCACUGAGGAAACCUGUGGAGGUUCACGGUGAUUCUCCAUUAGAAGUACAUUUUUGGAGGUGUUGUGGUUCGUUGAAGGUUUGGUAUGAAUGGUCGGUGUCUUUGCCUACUCCAUCUCCGAUGCACUACACUAAUGGCCGUUCCUACUGGGUUGGCCUUUAG